AUGGCGUAUAGAGUUGAUCAUGAAUAUGAUUAUCUAUUCAAGAUUGUUUUGAUUGGUGAUUCAGGAGUUGGUAAAUCCAAUAUUUUGACAAGAUUUACUAGAAAUGAAUUUUCCUUGGAAUCCAAGUCCACAAUUGGAGUUGAAUUUGCAACAAGAACAUUACAAGUUGAAGGCAAAAUAGUAAAAGCCCAAAUAUGGGACACGGCAGGACAAGAAAGGUACCGAGCCAUAACAAGUGCAUAUUACAGGGGAGCCGUAGGAGCCUUUUUAGUGUAUGACAUAACCAAGAAGCAAAGCUUCAACAACGUUACUCGAUGGCUCCACGAGCUUCGAGACCACGCAGACUCGAACAUUGUGAUCAUGUUAGUUGGAAAUAAGUCGGAUCUUCAACAUCUUAGAGGUGUUCCUCAAUCUGAUGGUCACUUAUUAGCUGAAAGGGAAGAACUUGUUUUCCUUGAAACUUCAGCUUUAGACUCUACUAAUGUUGAAAAUGCUUUUCAAAGGAUUCUUUUAGAUAUUUACCAAGUUAUUAGUAAAAAAGCCUUAGCUGCCCAGCAAGCUGCUGGUUUUGUGCCUCAAGGCACUAAUAUUAGUGUUGCUACUAAUGUUGAAAACAAAUCAUGUUGUUCUAACUAAGUAUACUUGUUUCGUCUCUUUUAUUCUGCUAUAAUUAUGUUUAGACGAUAAAAGUUUUUA